AGUUACCAAAUAUAUUUUAUUAUUUUUAACAUUACACAGGUAGCUCAGACAAUAGGUGCUAAUUAUGAGCAAUACCCUGAAAACACAUAUAGUGACUUUUCAGAAGAUGAAAAUGUCAACUGGAGUUGUGCUGAACCAGAUAUUGAUGUUGUUGAGGAUAUCACACUUAAUACUGAAAGAGAAAGUAAAAACGCUAGGCAUGUGUACUUGCAAGAUGAUACACCAACAGAGCAAGAUGAUGCACAAACAGACCGAGAUGAAUGGAAACCAUUCUCUUCAAAAGCACAUUUUUACCUAUGUGUUUUGAGUGGUUCAAAAACUCACCAUGUUAGUGAUGAAAUUUUGAAAUUCAUUAUAUAUAUGAUGAAGAGUUGUGGCACACCAGGAGUUCCUUCUUUCGAAAAAGUGAAGAACAUUUGGUCGGAUGAUUUGGACAUUGAUGAAAUGCUGAAAAAGAAUACAGACAAGGAUGGAAAUAUUAGCUGGAUGAUUAAGCAUAUGGACAUUUUAAAACUGCAAAUGUCCAAUCCUAAAAUAGGAAAGAAAAUAGUCAGAUAUCCAACAGUUGAAACAACUAUUGCUUGUCACAGACAGUCUGGUGCUGCUAAAUGGAUACAAGAGAUCAACUUCCCUUGGGCAAAGAUUGGUGACACCACUUUCCUGCAGAAUAUGUUUGUAAGAUUUGAAUGUGAAGGACAAGAAAACCUUGGGCAGAUCAAGAAGUUCAUGGAUGAUAUUGAGAAUAACAAACUGCUUGCAGAGUUAGAAAUAUUCUGUUAUAACACUGAUGAAAACAAUGGGACUCCGAAAAGAAGGCCGUGUUCGAGUUAACGCCCAUCUGGAAAGGGUUACCAAUCAUAAAUGUGCCAGUAAAUGUAUUCAUGGAUGAUUUAUCAUCAAAUAUAUCACGCAAAUGGUCCCCACUACAUAGCAUCCAGAUGCAACUGGCUAGGCUUCCUCUCAAGGAAAAAAGAAAAGGAUCCAGCACACUAUAUCUAGCAUCAUCAGAUACAGUUGGGAUCCUUGAUAUGAUGGCACCCAUAUGUGCGGACAUUGAAGAAAGCAAAAGCUCUGCUGUAGAUGCAUUUGAUGCAGAAAAUUUAGCACCAGUAGUCCUCUGCUCACAGGUAUCAUUACUUGUGACAGAUUACCACAUGAUGAGCCAUGCCUGUAAUCACAGUGGACCAUCAGCAACAAAAUAUUGUCCGAAGUGUAUGGCUGACAAAACGGAUCCUUUGCGGAAAAGUGAGCUGAGGACUCCAAACAAGACUCAGCGCAUAUUACAUCAGACACACCAAUUGGAGUACUCCACUUUUUAUAUCUAGGACUAGCAAAGCACUUAAUAAAGUAUUGAAGACCGCACUACUCCACUGUCAACGGAUGGAUGUCCUCUGUUUGGAUUUACCCUGACGUAGCUAAAAUGAUGAGUAUAUCGCGUGCGCUUUAUCAAUGAAUAGUGGUAUCCAUUGUAGCAAUUAUAACUUAGUAAUAGUGAUGAUGACAACAGUCGGUCCAUGGUAUUCAUACCUUAUGAAUGCGAACUGAAUUUGGUAGGGUUAUAUAGAGGCAAUGCCAUGCAUUAUAACUUAGUAAUAAUGAUGAUGAUAACAGUCGGUCAAUGGUAUUCAUACCUUAUGAAUGCCAACUGAAUUUGGUAGGGUUAUAUAGAGGCAAUGCCAUGCAUUGGUUAAUAUGUACAUACAAUAUGUAUACAUGUUUCAGUUAUGCUAUGAGAGUCUGAGUCCUCAAAAAAAA